AUCGAGCAUGCACAUCCCGAACCAUGCUGUUUAUUACAAUUCUGUCCCUUUCUGUUUCCUUAAUUCCCAAGAUGUUGCCCCUUCAGCUCAGCCAGCUUCAGCUGUUUCUCCUGCUUUGAAUUCUCGUACUCAUGGCUGCUUCCGACGUCGGAGCUGUCCUAGAAUUCUUGAGGAACAAUGGCUUCACAGAGGCAGAGUCCGCCCUUAAAGAGGACAUCAUAGAAAAUGGUGAGACGGGGUCGUUCGACUACGAGAAAUUCUUCUUCCCGAUGGUGCCGCCUCCGCCGCCGGUCAGAGUCAAAUCGUUUUCUCGAUUUUUGGAUAGGCAGUAUGGCAGAGAUUGCUCGAAAGCAAGCUCUAAGUCGUCGGACGAUGAGUUUGUGAGCUUGGGGUCAUCUACUUCGGGCGUUUGUUGUGCGGAAUUCAUCAAUCCAUAUGGAACUCGCUCCUCAUCUCAAACUCACAAAGAUUCUGAAUCUUCGUCAGAUAGAUUAUCUCAAUUUGACACAGCACGUGACUACCAUGACUUUGACAUGCAAAAUGAACCAUACUUGUAUAAUGAGAAAGAUGAUGAUGAUUUCAUGACCCCCAGUUUUGAGGGACCAGAGUUCUUUGGAGGUCAAAGUGAGGAUAAGUUCAUCCUGACAUCAGAAAUGGAGAAUCAACAUGAAAAUCUUCUGGAAAAUAAUUACAAAAGUGAAGCAUUCCAAGUGGAGAGAAAUGGUGAUUGCAUGGACAGACUAUGCCUUUAUAAUCGUUCUGAUGUAGGAAAUGAGAAUGUGACUUGUUUAAAAGACUAUUGUCAUGCUGAUAAGAAAGAGCAGCUUGAAGGAGGAUUAGUUAGAGAGGUUGAGAAUCCUACCUUUGUCAAUAAUUGUGAUGUUCCAUUUAGCAAAUACUCUGCAGGUUCAGGAGAGUCUUGUAGUGGGGAUCCUGGUAAUGACAGCUACCUAAGCUUAAAGGAAAUUCAUCUGAAUGAUUUGCAUUUAAAGGUUGUUGGGGAUAGUUCCUCUACUGAUUCUGCUCCAGAGCAUUCUAUGAACCAAACUUUUGACUUCUAUCCUAACAAUAAUGGCAAUAAGGGGUACAAAGCUCCCUAUGACUUAACUAUCAAAGUUGCUGAAACUGACCUGCCAAAUGGACUCACCAGAUAUAAAGCUAAAGAUUGUGGAGAAUUCACUGAAGAAUGCCUAGAUCCAGAAAAUGCAGCAGAUGGAGAGGAUGUUACUGAUGAUGAGCUAUUAAAGUACACUCACGAGGAUGAAUAUGAAGUAUUUGACCUGAGAAUUAUACAUAGAAAGAACAGGACUGGAUUUGAAGAAAGCAAGGAUCUGCUCAUUGUGCUGAAUUCAGUCAUAGGCGGCAGGUACUAUGUAACAGAAUAUCUGGGUUCGGCUGCCUUCAGUAAGGUUGUUCAGGCACAUGAUCUUCUGACAGGAAUAGAUGUCUGCUUGAAGAUUAUAAAAAAUGACAAAGACUUUUUUGACCAAAGCUUGGAUGAAAUUAAACUUCUAAAGCUUGUCAAUAAGAAUGACCCAGCUGAUGAACACCACAUAUUGCGACUUUAUGAUUAUUUCUAUCAUCAGGAGCAUCUAUUCAUUGUUACUGAGCUUCUGCGAGCAAACCUAUAUGAGUUUCAAAAAUACAAUCAAGAAUCUGGUGGUGAGGCAUAUUUUACAUUGAACAGGUUGCAGCUCAUUACUCGUCAAUGUUUGGAGGCCUUGCAAUACUUGCAUAGCUUGGGAAUAAUUCACUGUGACCUGAAGCCAGAAAAUAUUCUUAUUAGAAGUUACAAAAGAUGUGAGAUUAAAAUUAUUGAUCUAGGUAGCAGUUGCUUCCAAUCAGACAAUUUAUGCCUCUAUGUACAGUCACGAUCCUAUAGGGCCCCUGAAGUGAUGCUAGGCCUCCAAUAUGAUGAAAAGAUUGACAUAUGGUCUCUUGGCUGUAUUUUGGCUGAGCUAUGCUCUGGUGAAGUGCUCUUUCCAAAUGAAGCUGUUACAAUAAUUCUUGCGCGCAUGAUUGGAAUGCUUGGUCCUAUUGAUCUGGAGAUGUUAGUGAGGGGGCAGGAAACAUGCAAAUAUUUCACAAAAGAAUAUGAUAUUUACCAUGUAAAUGAGGAGACAAACCAAUUGGAGUACAUAAUUCCAGAGGAAUGGUCCUUGGAGCAGCACCUGCAGGUUUCUGACACGAUGUUUAUUGACUUUGUCAGAUUCUUGCUCAGCACCAAUCCCAUAAGGCGACCAACUGCAAGACAGGCACUCAAGCAUCCAUGGCUUGCACAUGCUUAUGACUCCCAGUAGAGCAUCCAUUUAGUUCCUGGACGGAAGUUAAGCAUCUUGCAUACUGGAAAUUGCAGUCACAAUUUUGGGUUUCGAUUGUAUUGAAGAGCAACUGAAUUAUUUUGCUUCUUUUUCUUGUGCAUUUUUUAUUCUCUUUCUGUUGAUUAAAUUUUGUUCUUUUGUACAGGACAAUAUGCCCUUUGAUUUUGUCUUUACUCUCUAGUAUGGGGAGACUGAGCACUGCUCAACAAGAAGAGAAAGGAAAAAAGAAAAGGAAAGGAAAAAAAGAAAAGAAAAGGUGAUUCUAAAUGUUGGGAAUACAAAGGCUUAAGCUUAAAAUAAUUUAUUUACAAUCUGACCUUGUUAUUGUUAUGUCUAUACAAAAAGAAGGAAAAUAGUUUUAGUUA